AUGACGACUCUCGAUCCACCACCUCCAGCAAAACCGCUAAGAGUACAGGAACAAGAUCUUAAGGGAAAGGUCGCGCUGGUAACGGGAGCUACCAAAGGUAUCGGGCGGGCUAUAAGUCUCGACCUCGCGACCCGGGGUGCUUCCAUUCUCGGGACCUACUCCUCUCCGCAAUCAGCGCAUCUAUUCGACACUCUCACCCACUCCAUAAACGACCUCUACUCCUCAUCUCCUAAUUCCUCGUCUCACACUCCAGCCCCGUCAGGUCCGAAACUCGUCGGCGCGUUGGCCGACAUCAGCAGCCCCAGUUCAUCCGUCCCCGCCAUCCAGGAGGGCUUGCAAAAGCAUUUUAACGGAAAAGUCGAUAUUGUAAUCUUCAAUGCCGCGGUCAUGGGGCUCGCGAAGAUGGGAGAUGGGGGCGUGACUGAGGAUUUUGUGGAUGCGGCGUUGGCGGGGAAUGUAAAAUUUCCCGUGCUGCUGAUCGAGAUGCUGGUCAAAGGCAGCAUGAUAAGAAGGGAUGGGAGAGUGGUCGCUAUCAGCAGUGAGGGUGUACGGGCGAGAAGACCUCCGGGUGGAGCCGUAUAUGCUGCGACAAAGGCCGCUCUGGAAUGUCUGAUGAGAAAGUGGGCCGAUGAGCUCGGCACCCAUCCUGGCAUGGAAGGCACAACCUUCAAUUCCGUAAGCGUCGGCUUCACAAAGACCGAAGCAUACAGCAAGAUCCCGCCAGAGAUUCGAGACAGGCUCACAGAGGCUGAUGCGGCUGAGGUUGCUGUCGGCAAUCGGAUUGGAGAGGUCGAAGAUGUUGCGGAUGUGGUUGGUUUGCUGAUCAGCGACAAAGCAAGGUGGCUCAGCGGAAGCGUCGUUGAUGCUUCCGGAGGGAAGGCCAAGAUCCUGUAG